AUGUGGCGGCUGAGGAUCGCGGAGGGCGGGGACGAGCCGCCGUGGCUGCGCACGACCAACGGCUACUUGGGCCGCCAGGUGUGGGAGUUCGACGCCGCCGUGGAGCCCGACCCCGAGGAGGUCGACGCCGUUGAGGCCGCGCGCCAGGGGUUCGUCGCGCGGAGGCACCAGCUCAAGCACAGCGCCGACCUCGUCAUGCGAAACCAGUUUGCUAAAGCAAAUCCUCUUGAGCUGGACCUUCCUGCUGUCAAGCUGGAAGAGCAUGAAGAUGUUACUGAGGAAGUUGUAUCUACUACUUUGAAAAGGGCCAUCAGUCGCCUUUCUACUCUCCAGGCACAUGAUGGACACUGGCCGGGGGAUUAUGGUGGUCCAAUGUUCCUUAUGCCAGGCUUGAUUAUAACCUUGUAUGUGACUGGAGCACUGAACACUGUCUUAUCAUCAGAACAUCAGAUUGAGAUCCGCCGGUAUCUCUAUAAUCAUCAGAACGGAGAUGGAGGCUGGGGUUUGCACAUUGAGGGACCAAGCACCAUGUUUGGUUCAGCCUUGACCUAUGUCAGUUUGAGAUUGCUUGGAGAGCGAACAGAUAGUGGAUAUGGAGCUAUGGAGAAAGGUCGAAAUUGGAUUCUAGACCAUGGAGGAGCAACGUUUGUAACAUCAUGGGGAAAAUUUCGGCUCUCGGUACUUGGUGUAUUUGAUUGGUCUGGUAACAACCCAGUGCCACCAGAAGCAUGGUUGCUACCAUAUUGCCUGCCAUUUCAUCCAGGGCGAAUGUGGUGUCACUGUCGAAUGGUGUAUUUGCCAAUGUGUUACAUUUAUGGAAAGAGAUUUGUCGGACAAGUUACGCCACUUGUUUUGGAAUUGAGAAAGGAACUUUACAAAGGCCCCUAUAAUGAGAUUGAUUGGGACAAGACUCGCAAUCAAUGUGCUAAGGAAGACUUGUACUAUCCGCAUCCAUUCGUUCAAGAUAUCUUAUGGGCCACUCUCCAUAAAUUUGUUGAACCACUUAUGAUGCAUUGGCCUGCGAGCAAACUGAGGGAGAAAGCUUUGGAAACUGCCAUGAAGCACAUUCACUAUGAAGAUGAGAACACUCGAUACAUUUGCAUUGGUCCUGUAAACAAGGUAAUGAAUAUGCUUGCGUGCUGGAUUGAAGAUCAGAACUCAGAGGCAUUCAAACUCCAUAUUCCACGAGUCUAUGAUUACUUGUGGAUUGCUGAAGAUGGCAUGAAGAUGCAGGGUUAUAAUGGCAGCCAACUUUGGGACACAGCUUUCACUGUUCAAGCCAUUGUAGCUACCAAUCUUAUUGAAGAGUUUGGGCCCACCCUUAAACUAGCACAUGAAUACAUUAAGAAUUCACAGGUUCUUGAUGACUCUCCUGGAGAGCAGAAAGACUGGUACCGGCACAUAUCUAAAGGUGCAUGGUCAUACUCUACGGCUGACAGUUGGCCUAUAUCGGACUGCACUGCAGAAGGACUAAAGGCCUCAUUAUUGUUAGCGAAGAUUUCUCCACAAGUUGUAGGAGAUCCUCUGGAAGAUAAUAGGCUUUAUGAUGCUCUCAAUUGUUUGAUGUCUUAUAUGAAUGAUAAUGGCGGUUUUGCAUCAUAUGAACUCACAAGGGCUUAUACGUGGCUGGAGAUUAUUAAUCCCUCUGAGACCUUUGGGGACAUUGUGACUGAUUACCCGUAUGUUGAAUGUACAUCAGCAGCAAUCCAAGCUUUGACAUUAUUCAGAAAGUUCUACCCUGGGCACCUCAGGAAAGAGGUGGACAACUGUAUCAGCAAAGCUGCUAAUUUCAUUGAGUCUAUUCAAAAAAGUGACGGUUCAUGGUAUGGUUCUUGGGCUGUUUGUUUCACCUACGGCACUUGGUUUGGAGUGAAGGGAUUAACUGCUGUUGGUAGGACAUUCAAGAAUAGUCCUGCAAUCAGAAAGGCUUGUGAAUUUCUGCUGUCAAAAGAGCUUCCUUCCGGUGGUUGGGGAGAAAGCUAUCUAUCAUCUCAAGACCAGGUUUACACCAAUCUUGAAGGAAAACGUGCUCAUGCAGUGAACACUAGUUGGGCCAUGCUGGCCCUAAUUGAUGCUGGACAGGCUGCAAGAGAUCCAUCGCCUCUACAUCGAGCAGCCAAGGUUUUGAUCAACUUGCAAUCAGUGGAUGGAGAAUUUCCUCAGCAAGAGAUAAUAGGAGUGUUCAACAAAAACUGCACCAUCAGUAACUCCCAGUACAGGAAUAUCUUUCCAAUUUGGGCUCUGGGAGAGUACCGGUGCCGAGUCUUGGCCCCUGGCAAUUACUCCCUCCGUUCCUAAAUAUAAGUCUUUCUAGAGAUUUCAACAAGUGACUACAUACG